GGCCCGGUCCUGCCGGGUGCAGAGACGCACACGCCCCGUUUUUAUUACUCUAUUCACUCACACGCCGCUGGAUUUACAGUGUGCACCGGGAUCCAGCAGUGACACAUGGCGAGAUAAAAAAAGUGCGAAGGGUGUGUGUGUGUGUGUGUUCGUGUGUUAGGGACGGACAGGUGAUCUGACACUUCGUGGUGUGGUGUAUAUAAGACCGGGUGUGUGUUAGCGGAGAAAGAUACAGAGUGCGAAUCAUCAGCUGAAGUGAUGCUGUGUAAAGCGGUCCUGUCCUGCGCUCUGCUCUUCGCCACUAUGGAGCCUCUUCUCACACACCCAAUAACACAGCUGGCUGGAAUGUCCUACACAAGGCCUGUUUCAGAAGAGGAGCAGGCGAUGAGUCCAGAUGAGAUGUCUUACUCCGAGGCGUUUGUGUCUCAGGGCUCAGCAGGAAUCGGCUUCCCUUCCUUCCACACAAGAGACAACAGCAGAGAAGCUCUCAGAGCAGCUGCAUUUGUUCCCAACCAGGUGGUGAAAGAGACUCUGAUAGAAAAGCCUUGGCUAAACCCACUCAGCAGUUUCCUGGGUGGCAGAAAACAAUACGGGAAGCGGGGAGGAAUCUCAGAGUGCUUCUGGAAAUACUGUGUCUGAAUACACGGACACACACACACAC